AUGGUUUCGUUUUCGAAGCUCUUGACAGUGUUGUCGAUCGUUGCAUUGUCAGUUGCCCAGACUUUCCAGAGACUAGGUGCAUGUCCAACUCUGGGUUGCGUUCUUCCCCCAGACCAAACAGAUUUCCUAGCUGGACAGUACUUCGACAUUCGAUUGGAGGUUCAUGCGCCUGUCAAUGGCUCUGAGGCGAACGGCGGCGUACCAGAUCCAAACUUCACCUUCACCAUCGCAAAAGCCAAUGGCACUCCACAAUCUGCCGCAUCAUUCUUUAAGAUAGCGGAACCAAAGUUGGAGACCUGGAACUUCACAUGGUACGAGGAUCUCUUCGCACAAGACGCCCAUUCUCCAUCAGUCGUCCGUGUGACUUCCAAAGCCUACAGGCGUGUCGCGCUGUACGAGCCAGGAGACUAUGUAGCGACUCUCACCUACUACAAUGGAACGAAAACUGUUGCGAACUGGUUCGUACGCCCUCUUUCGACUCAAAAGAAGGCCAAGAAUGUCAUUCUCUUCAUCGGCGACGGCAUGACUACAAACAUGAUCACUGCUGCACGUCUGAUCGCGCACAAGAGCAUCAACGGGAAGUAUCAGACGAAGAUGCAGAUGGAUCAGUUUCCUGUCCUCGGGCAUCAGAUGGCAGGUUCUUCCAGUUCUGGUCGAACGCAUUCCCUCGACAGCUACAUCACCGAUUCUGCCAACAGCGCAUCCGCACUGUACUCCGGUCACAAGAGUACCGUCAAUGCCAUGGGUGUAUAUGCUGAUUCCAGUGCUGAUCCUUUCGAUGACCCCAAAGUUGAGACAAUCGUCGAGCUUCUCACCCGAAUCUGGGGAAGUGCAAUUGGUGUUGUCAGCACUGCUUUCAUCGCGGAUGCAACUCCAAUUGCUUUGACGGGACAUACCAGACUUCGCUCACAGUACGGAGUACUGAUCGAUCAAGCUCUCCGUGGUGUUUCAAACUACACUUGGACGAAGUAUACUGGCGCUGACGUCUUCUUCGGUGCUGGCGCAGAGCAGUUCAUUGCCGGAUCUGGAUCUUUCCAGGGCAAGGACUAUUACAAGGAGUUUUCAAACGCCGGAUACUCAAUUUCUAUGAACAAAACAUCUAUGCUUGCAGCAUCGAACACCACCAAGGCUCUCGGGAUUUUCUGCACAUCCAACCUUCCUGUUUGGCUCGAUCGCAACGUCUACAAAGACAACCUCAAUAAGACAAGCAAUGAUCCAUCAGGAAACAAGAAGCCUGCGUUAGAUCUUCCAGGUCUGAAGGAAAUGACCCUCAAAGCCAUCGACGUCCUCCAUGCUCGCGGUGGAUCAAAGGGUUUCUUUAUGAUGUCUGAAGCUGCCUCAAUCGACAAGCAAAUGCACACCUUGGAUUACGACCGAGCCCUCGGUGACUUGCUGGAACUAGACGACACCAUCAAAGCUACGAUCGAGAAGUUGAGAGCGAUGGGAGAACUGAACCAAACUUUGAUUAUUGUUACUGCAGAUCACGGCCACGGAUUUGACGUCUUCGGAUCAGCAGACACUAAGUAUCUGAGCUCCAAGACCAACGACCGAGAAAAGCGCAACGCAAUCGGCGUGUACACCAAUUCUGGCCUCAGCCAGUACACUGUUACGAAUGCAAGUAUCUCGUACAACACUGGAGUCAACUUCCCAGUCAACUGGGAUCCGAGAUACACUCUCGCUCAAGGUCUCGGAGCCAACCCAGACCACAGAGAGAACUACAGGGUCCACAAGUCCGGUCCUCGUCUCCCAGCCACCAACAUCACCGGAUACCCAGUUGAUGACUACUUUGUCAACCCUACUGACAACCCCGAUGGCUUCACUGUGAACGGAACUCUUCCAACAAACGAGGCACAGGGCGUCCACUCCUUGACUGAUGUUCCCGUCUUUGCAAUGGGGCCUUGCCAAGAGCUCUUCGGGGGUGUAUAUGGCAACAUCGAUAUCUUCUUCAAUAUGGCUAACUGCCUUGGACUUGGUCAACCCAGCGACACAUCUGCGACAAACACGACUUCCGCGGGCACCGCCACGGCUAGUCCUUUUCCUUUCACCGGCGCUGCACCAACCAAAAGAGUCCAAAGGGGCUUGUUGGUUGGUAUGUUGGCAUUCAUGAUAUCUAUCGGGUGGUUUGCAUUCACUCUAUGAACAAUUAAUUGAGGGGAUUGUAAUGAGUUCGGAUACCAAAGGAAGGCAUGUGAAAUAGUAAUGGAUCCAUGAGUUCCUC